UAAAUUCCUUUUGCCUUUAAAAGCUCCAAACACUCAAGAAACCUCUGCCUCUCAUCAAUGUCUGCAAUGAGAUCAAACCCUAAACAUGAAACUGAAGCUCAGGCUCUUAUUUUGCAGCUUCAAUCAUUAUUAUCUGCAGAGGAACGCCAAAUCACUACCACUCAAUCUAAGGUAUCAUUAAUGGAAGUUUUGGAAGAAGCAUGCAAUUACAUCAGAAGGCUAAAUGGUGAAGUUCAAGAACUGAGUAGCAGAAUAACAGGGCUAAUGGCUUCUUCUGAUACAAUACCAAGAAAUUUGAAGUAAUGGAUGUUGUGUUGUUAUAGUUUAAUGUAAGUUUUCUUAUAUGUAAUGCAUAUUCUGUUUUAUAUUUUCUUUUAAUUGAUAAUAAAUCAAUGGACUAAUAUAAAUAAAUAUGUAGAGUGUUACAAUAA